GAAUUAUUGUGAAUAUCGAACUCAAAGGUCGUUUCACGUACAAGGUUUUAUUGAAACAUUUCGAAAUCAUUGUUUGUUAAUUCUGUUUGUAAAUUACAUAGUGCGUAGGAUCUUCGAAUUUACACGAGUAAUUUUUUUAAAAUCAGUUUAAACGCAAUCAGUGUGGAAAAUCGAUUGUUUCCAAGUUAACAAAACAUCUUAUCAGUUAUAACGCAAGCUUAUAUUAAGUUUAAGUUUUUUGAAUUAUAAAAUUUUAAAAUGGGGAAUAAAUCGUCAUUGUUAUUAAGGGAAGAGGAAAUUGCGCAAAUCCAAGAAGAAACUGGCUUCACGCCAAAUCAAAUUGAGCGUUUAUACUCUCGCUUCACGUCUCUCGACAAAAACGACUGCGGAACGCUGUCCAGGGAAGAUUUCCUCAGAAUUCCAGAGCUGGCUAUCAACCCUCUGAGCGAAAGGAUUGUACACUCAUUCUUUGCAGAGAGCCACGAUGAUAGAGUCAAUUUUCUACAGUUCAUGAGAGUGCUGUCUCACUUCCGCCCUAUCAGAAAGAACAGAGAAAACCGACUUAAUAGCAGAGAAGAAAAGUUGAGAUUUGCAUUUUCGAUGUAUGACCUGGACAAUGAUGGCAAGAUCUCAAGAGACGAACUGCUCGCAAUUUUACAUAUGAUGGUCGGAGUAAACAUCAGUGAAGAACAACUAACAAGCAUUGCUGAGAGGACAAUCAUAGAGGCAGACACAAAUAAUGAUCAAAUGAUCUCCUUUGAAGAGUUCUGCCGAGCCCUUGAGAGGACGGAUGUCGAACAGAAGAUGUCCAUUCGUUUCCUCAACUGACCUCCAAACUCCUGAACUAUAUAUAUUACUUACACUAUGGCUAUAGUGCUUCUGGUUAUUAUAUAUGGGCUCCUAACGAAAAGUAAAUGAUUGACUGUGUACUGAGUUAUAUCCUACCUUACUAUUAGUACCGUUUUAGUAAAUAAUUUAUUUUUAAUAGAAGUGUUAAUUGGGUAUAAAAAGGGAACUAUUUUAGAAAAAGUUGUGUUACCUAGUUAAUGGAAAAUAGUACUAAUUAAAAAAAAUUCAGUGCAAUUGAAAUUAAGUUUUUAUAUGUUAAGUCAUUUUUUAUCGGUAUGUAUGCUAAUAUUGCUUUCAAUGUUUAUAAAUACUACAAAACUUUCUUUUUUGUUAUGCAUUUAAUGGUGUAGAUAGAUUAAAUAAAAUAUUUAGAACAUAACACUUUUUAGAGUAAAUAAUAUCUACUAACAAUUUAGUGUUGUUUAGUUAAUACCAUAUUAGUAUAUACAUAUUUGUAAUAUGUAUAUUUAAACAAAAUAUUCGAGUUUGUUUAAUGGUAGGUAAUUUACUAUAGCUUGUAUAUGGCUGUCUGAAUCGGAGUAGUAAUAAACCCACAAUAUACAACCGUUUCAUAUUUAUGAUUCUACUAGCUGUACCCUGCGUGUUGUUACUCUUUUUUUUUGGUCAUACCAACUCAGAAACCUUUGUGGGCUCAUGCACAACACUUUGCUGAAGAUCAUGGCAUGAUCAAAUACAGAGUUUGUUUCUAUAAAGGACAUACACACAAACAUUCAUUUGUAUACAUAGAUUGGACUUUUUAACUGUCAACAAUCACGAUAUCUCCCGUAGAAUUAAACAUGUCCACAGUGAGCAUGAAUGCUUAAGUACUUAUAGGGGUUUAAUAUGUUGUGUUAGAUUGGUUACUGUAUGUCUAAUAACCUUUAUUCUAACAAAAUCUAUAAAUAAAUUUGUUUAUAUUUGUUAUGUUCCAUUUUUGAUAUAAAAUAUCAUUUAGGUGUACAAUAAAGUAUAUUUGUAUUCCACCUUUAGCUCAUAUUAUGUAUUCACGUAAGUCCUUAUAGUCUUUGAGUUUGUAGCUCAUCUAUUUGGUGUUGUAUCAGAUAUUGGUUGUUUUGUGAUGGUAAUCUCUUACCAUUGAAUUAUGAGCCGUUUCGUUAUUUUCAUAUUUGCUAAUUAAUAAACACGAUAGCGCAAAAUAUUGUUUUAUAAAAAAUAAUAAAGUAACAAUAAAAACAUGUAACUAUUAGGAUACGAAGUCAACUAAUGAUGUGAUGAUAAUUAUGUAGAUAAUAUAAUAUAUCAAUAUUUAUGUAA